AUGGAAGGUGGAUUCUUUAAUAACGACAAUGAGGGUUCUUCUUUCAGUGGAAGCAAGAGAUCCUUCAAUGAACAUACAAUCCGACCUCUUACAGUCAAGCAAUUCCAGGACAUUCAAAUCGUGAGCGACAAUGUGUUUAGACUCGAUGACAUGGAUAUAAAUUCGGUUACCGUUGUCGGUGUUGUCAGAGAUAUAUCGCCAUCAACCACCAAUCUGCAGUAUACGAUUGAGGAUGGCACGGCUAUGAUGGAAGUACGACACUGGCACGAAGGUUCCAAUGGUGAUGGUGGUGAAUUACCAAAUGACAUCAGCAAGGGAUCAUAUGUGCGCAUCAAUGGCCGAGUCAACCAAUUCAACAACAGGAUCAAUUGUAUCGCUUUCGCAAUCAGACCUAUCACCGACUUCAACGAGAUCACAUUCCACUUUUUAGAGGCCAUCUUAGCCCAUGUUAGAUUCACCAAGCCAUCUGGAGGUGAUCGCAUGGAAAUCGAUUCUGGUAACGGAGCCCAGAAAAGCUUAAAUGAGCGGCUCAUCGAUGUGGUGAAACAUUAUCCUGGCAACGGUGACGCUGACGACAACGGUAUCCAUGUGGAUCAAAUUGCAAAGGAGCUUCAAGUAGAUGUAGAAAAGGUCAAAGCGCUUGUAGAACACCUAGCGGAUGAAGGACAUUUGUACGCAACCACCGAUGAAUACCAUAUCAAGUCAACUGAUCAAUCGUAA